AUGCUUGUAGCACAAGCAUUAUCAACCGUUUUUCUCCUGUUGUCGCUGAUUGUCUUUGCCCAACCGGCCGACGACCACGAUUUCUCUCGCAUUUCAGUGGAAGUUACGGAAAUACCAGCGCCAGAUGCCUCCACAACAUGCUCGGACCUGUCGCUUGGCGAACGAAUAGAAAAGGGAGAAAUUAUCGUGCAGCUGUCCAAUGCGUUGGAGAUAUCAGAAGUCGACUACCUGGUCGAAUCCGCCUUGAAGGCAGCCGAUGAACAAGAGGAAGAGGGGUUGACUUGCCCUGGCGAUGGUGGAUUCCAAGGGCGUGCGAGAAUGCCCACUCUCAGAGCGGCCCAACGAGAAAAAUGCCUGCACAAUGCCCUGCCGAAAGCCUUGUCGGAUAAAAUGGAACAAGCUCUGGUGCGCAUUCUGGCCUACAUCGAUUUGCAUCUGCCAAGCAUCGCCACCACCCUCUUGCAUACGGAGGGACCUCCUGCCAGGUCGGCCGUUGACCUCUUCUUGAAAGAUCUACUGGAUUACAACAAACGAGAACCGGCCAUCAACGUUUACACAAGCGGCGGCCAUUUUGGCAUUCACGCAGAUCUAAAGGCGCUGACCCUGUUGUUUCCCUUGUCGACUUCGGGAGUCGACUUUGAGGGGGGUGGCGGCACGGCCUUUUGGCCGCCAGUGUCGCUGGAGAAAGCCAAAGAGACGGAUCCAACUUUGGUUCUGGUUCCACCACCAGGCAGCGUCUUGCUGUUUGGUGGAGUGGUGCCCCACAAAGGACUCGCCAUUGAGAAGGGCACACGGCUGGUUUUUGUGGCCAGUUUCCUUAGAAAGCCUAGGCUGAGACGAUGGCCGAACGGAACCUACACCCGAACCUACAAUUGA